UGGUGCACUCUGUCGUCCCCGUUAAGGCCACCUGGUCUCUGCUGCACCGGUUCCCUUCACACUGUCUCGAUUUCUCUGCAAAUCCAAGCUCAUAUUUAAUUAAUGGCGAUUUCACGACACGCGUCCAACGUCCCGCAUACCCUUUCCAUUAAAUAUUUCGUUAGAUUGUCAUCUCAUCAUUCUAUUUUUGAAGCUUUUUUUAAUGGCCAUUAAUAACAAAUUUCCUGCGGACCAUCUCUCUCUCUACUGACCUCCUCUCUCUGUCUCUGCCUUUCCCUCUCUUUCUCUCUUGUAAAGAUAGCUUUUGCUUAAUAUUAAUGGACGCCUUAAGAAAAUCCUUUAAAUCCCACAGGCACUCGCGCAAGAUAUCUGCUGGGGGAGGCGAGGACCUGAGGGGCGAGGAGCAGUCCAUACUGUUGGAUCACGACAUGACAUCCGCCAAGGAUUCCGGCGAGCGAGGGGAGGUGAUCGUGAAGAUCGACGGAGACGGCAGCGGCAGAGGGAGUGCUGGUAACGCGAUAUGGAGGGGGUCGAGUUACGAGUUCUGGAAGGAAGAGAAUGUGAAUCAGAAGGGUGGAGAGAGAGGGAGUGAGGGUUUCGAUUUCCGGCGCCGGUCGACGGAGGACCCGCCGUCGAAGCUAAUCGGGCAGUUCCUGCACAAGCAGAGGGCGUCCGGGGAGAUGUCGCUGGAUAUGGACUUGGAGAUGGACGAGCUCCGCCGCGAUAGCCGGGGCUUGCCGCCCGUGGCGGAGAGCCCGGGCGACAACAGCCGAACGGUGUCGUUCCAGACGGAGAUCGUGCCGGAGAGAAAGUACAAGGGCUCGUCAGACGAGGACGAGGACGACGACGAGGACGACGAUGAGGAGCGUAAUGACCGGCGACAGGGUUCCAACUCCCCCGCCGAAAACGGCGACGGCGAAGUGUUGAGGUGUACUUCGAACUCCUCGUUUCAGAACAAAUCGAACUUGUUGAGGUUGAAAACGAGGUCCAGGCUCAUGGACCCGCCGGAGCAACCUGAUCGGAAAUCCGGACGGGUCCCGAAAUCGAGUCAGUUGAAGUCUGGAAUUCUGGGAAAAUCCAUGGAAGAGGAGGAAGACGACCCAUUUUUGGAAGACGACUUUCCGGAAGAGUACAAGAAGACGAAAUUCAGUAUUCUAACUCUGCUCGAAUGGCUAAGUCUUAUUUCAAUAAUAGCUGCUUUGGUUUGUAGUUUAACAAUUCCUUCAUUUAAGCGUCGGACUCUGUGGAACCUUCCACUGUGGAAAUGGGAAGUGAUGGUUUUAGUUCUGAUUUGUGGGCGUUUGGUUUCUGGUUGGUUGAUUAGAAUGGUAGUGUUCUUCAUAGAGCGAAAUUUUCUAUUACGCAAAAGGGUUUUGUACUUCGUUUAUGGUGUGAAGAAGGCAGUGCAGAAUUGCUUGUGGUUAGGUCUGGUUUUAAUUGCUUGGCACUACCUGUUUGAUAAAAAGGUUGAGAAGGAGACCAAUACAGCAACCCUUCAAUAUGUGACCAAAAUUUUGGUGUGUCUCUUGGUGGGUACCCUGUUGUGGCUUGUGAAAACCCUGAUGGUGAAAGUUCUUGCUUCAUCGUUCCAUGUUAGCACCUUCUUUGAUCGAAUUCAAGAGUCCCUUUUCAACCAGUAUGUGAUCGAGACGCUCUCUGGACCACCCUUGGUUGAAUUGCAGAAUGCUCAGGAGGAGGAGGAGAGGACGAUGGCUGAGGUCCAGAGACUCCAGAAUGCUGGGGCUACUCUGCCUCCUGAGCUGAAGGCUGCAGCCUUCUCAUAUGCAAAGAGCGGUAGGGUGAUAGCGAGUGGGGGGCUCCAGAAAAGUCCAGUAUUAGCAAGAAACGUCAAGUUUUCUGGGGCAAUUUCGAAGAAACUUGAUGAUAAGAUCACUAUUGAUCACUUGCAUAAGUUGAAUCCUAAAAAUGUGUCUGCCUGGAAUAUGAAGAGGUUGGUUAAUAUAGUCCGGCAUGGAGCUCUGUCGACACUGGACGAGCAGAUACUGGAUUCUACUCAGUACGAUGAGAAUUCGAAACAGAUUAGAAGUGAAAAUGAAGCAAAAGCUGCGGCAAGGAAAAUAUUCCAAAAUGUGGCUAGACCUGGCAAGAGGUACAUUAUCUUGCAGGACUUGUUGCGUUUCAUGCAAAAUGAUGAGGCUGUGAAGACCGUGAGUCUCUUUGAAGGAGCCUCUGAAAGCAAUAAAAUUAGCAAGUCAGCAUUGAAGAACUGGGUGGUUAAUGCUUUCAGAGAACGGAAAGCACUCGCUUUGACAUUGAAUGAUACAAAAACAGCUGUAAAUAAGCUUCAUCAUAUGGUGAACAUUGUGGUUGGCAUCAUUAUAGUGGUUAUCUGGCUACUUAUACUAGGCAUUGCAACCAGCAAAUUUCUUGUCUUCAUAAGCUCUCAGCUUCUUCUUGUGGUGUUUAUAUUUGGAAACACCUGCAAGACAGUAUUUGAAGCUAUUGUCUUCUUAUUUGUGAUGCACCCAUUUGAUGUGGGUGAUCGCUGUGAAAUCGAUGGGGUUCAGAUGAUAGUGGAAGAGAUGAACAUCUUAACUACUGUAUUUCUAAGAUAUGACAACCUGAAGAUUAUAUUCCCAAACAGCGUUCUUUCUACAAAACCUAUCUUUAACUACUACCGAAGCCCAGACAUGGGAGAUGGAAUUGACUUUUAUGUUCAUAUUGCAACUCCAGCAGAGAAGAUUGCUAUCAUGAAGCAAAAAAUAAUAAGUUUCAUUGAGAACAAGAAGGAGCACUGGUGUGCUGCCCCAAUGAUUGUCCUCAGGGACGUUGAAGGAUUGACCAGGUUAAAGUUGUCAGUAUGGCCGACUCAUAAAAUGAACCACCAGGACAUGGGGGAGAGGUGGGAAAGGAGAGCCCUUCUGGUUGAAGAGAUGGUCAGAAUUUUCAAGGACCUUGACAUUCAAUACCGGUUGCUGCCACUUGACAUCAACGUCCGGUCCUUGCCACCUCCGACCUCCACCCGAGUUCCCCCUAAUUGGACUGCACCUACUGUGUGAGGAAAUGAAAAAACUGCCCGAGGUUUGUGUUGCCAUUGAGAUGCAGCAGCAGCCAUCUUGGGCAUGCCCAGUCGCUGCUGGGAGCCAAUUUGCCAAUGAAAGCACAGAGGCCCAUUGAGAAUGGAGAGGGUGAUUUUUCAUCAUCUUCACGCUGCCCCCUUGGCGGGCUUGUUUUAUGUUUUAUUUAUUUAUUUAUUUAUUUAUUUUUGUUUUAGGUUCCUUCUGUAUAUUUUACAUAUUUUGUUCUUCCUUGUAGUUUAUAAUAUUAGAUGACUCUUUAAGGAAUAAGAUGUGUAAAUGGAUGCAUAAUUUUGGACAGUUGAGUGCUAGUGAACAUCCCUACUGGAUGCACCCAGUGGUUCUUUCC